AUGCUGAGCGCCGCGGUUUUUUUCGGCCUGAUUGCCUGGACUACGGUAACGGCUACCGUAACCCCAGUGAUUCUGAGCAAGCACGACCUGGUCAUUUCUCGGAAUUCGCGCGGUCAACUCUACAAAAUUUUGGAGAUGUCUCACCAACAACGAUCCGUGGUUAGUUUUUGGGAUUAUUUUUUUUUUUCAUUUAGAAUCCUCACAAAAGGAAAGUGAUUGGAUAGCUACUCUGAAAACGAAAAAAAGGUCCGAAUUUUAAAAGUUUCAGAAUUAAUUAUGAACGUUUUGUAAUACUUUUUUUCAAUGCACAAAGAACAACAGAAUAUAUCAUUUCGCUCAAAUUUUCUUGUUAAAAUGACUCUUCUCAUAUUUUUUCAGGUAGGCUUCUGAAACAAAUUUUAUUAUCGAAUUCUAACGAGAGUAGCUCACACUUUUUCAAUAAAAACUGAAAAUCGGUUAGAAAAAAAAGGCUGCAAGCUUUUGCGUCUAUAACCAAAUUUAGAAACCUUCAUUUAACUUGAUUAUAUAUUCCUCUGAACUAAUUCCAAGUCAUUUUUCACAGGUCAAGGACCCCGAAUUGGAAUCGAUGCUGCCUUCGGCGACCAUCGAAUUUUUCGGAAAGACUCCGACGGACGGAAAAUCCGGCGCCCAACUCAUGGACAUUGCUCAGGCGGUCAAACGCGCUCAGGCGAAAUGGAACAAUAGGAACUUGAAAUAA